AUGGCAGCGGGGAGAGAACCAAGCGACAUACGGCAGCGGGAGAGGGUGCUGCAGGAGACGGAUAAAUAUGCAGCAGCAACAGCAGCAAAGACAGCAACAGCAGCAGCAGGACAACCACCGCCAGCAGCAGCAGCAGUGCAGCAGCAGCAGCAGCAGCAGGAAGAACUGCAGCAGCAGCAGCAGCAGGGGAGCGAUACUCAUCACGCUGCUGCUCCUGCUGCUGCUGCUGCUGCUCCUGCUGCAGCAGCAACAGCAGCAAAGACAGCAACAGCAGCAGCAGGACAACCACCGCCAGCAGCAGCAGCAGAGCAGCAGCAGCAGCAGCAGCAGGAAGAACUGCAGCAGCAGCAGCAGCAGGGGAGCGAUACUCGUCACGCUGCUGCUGUUGAUGCUGCUCCUGCUGCUGCUGCUGCUGCUCCUGCUGCAGCCGCAACAGCAGCAAAGACAGCAACAGCAGCAGCAGGACAACCACCGCCAGCAGCAGCAGCAGCAACAGCAGCAGCAGCAGCAGCAGCAGCAGGAGAUGAUGAUGAAGCUUGGUUGAUGGAUGAGCUGCAGCAAGCAGCAAAAGUUUUUAUAAAACUGCAGCAGCAGCUGCCGGGGCUGCUGCUGGCGACAGAUAUAUUUAAUAUAGAAGCAGCAGCAGCAGAAACAAAUGAAGAAACAGAUACAGACAAACAAUAUAACCCCGAUGAUAUCUAG